ACCAAAUUCAGUUGCAGCAAAGUGUACGAGCUGGGAAAAAACAAAACAAAACAAAAAAAACUAACACGCACUUGAAAUGUAACAACAACGUAACACACUGUCUGGUUAAAAAUCGGAAUCUGUAUGAUUACUUCAGAGAUACGCCUUGUUCUAAUUCGUCUGAACUCAUUUUCAGAGAAGGAAACCGAGAUCUUUGGACUUUCCUGCCAUUUGAAUGAAUAACUAGCGUUUAUGACUGAUGCCCCACCUCAUUUCACUGGCGCUGUAGCAGUUGGUAAGUGAAGUUCGUGGAUGACAACAACAACAAAAAAAGUGCCUAAGUCAAACACUAGGGCCAUCGUUCCCAAUGGUGUGAGAUUUCUGGAACACUAAACAACGCCGCUGCUGCUGGUACUUGUGGUGACCCGGAUAUAGGCUAUGAGCCUGUGCCACACACAGAAGAGCUGCAGAAUCCACAAUGGAAAACUGGUGGUAUGUCUGCUGGCAUAACCUCGUCGAGUGACGCUUCUGCAACCCCGAAUAUGCUGGACAACACGAGUUUAUACGGGUGCAUAUUGGUGGAGCCCAGCAUGAGAAGAGAGCAGGAAAGAUUGAGGACUUUCCACGCCUGGCCCAGCGAUGCUCCUGUCUCCUCUGCUGAGCUGGCUAAGGCUGGGUUUUUCUUCCUGGGGCCUGGGGAUAAGGUGCAGUGCUUUUGCUGUGGUGGGAUUCUUAGGGAGUGGGUCGGAGGAGACAGUCCUUGGAAUGAGCACGUGAGACACUUCCCGACCUGCAGCUUUAUUCUCGGCAGAAACGUGGGGAAUAUUCCGCAUGUUAUAACCCAGGGCGCUUCAGAUUCUGUGGAUGGACAGUUCCUUAGCCAGCUGCAGAGAAUGGCCGUGGAAGAGGUCUCCGGAGGACAGCCCGUGUACCCAGAAAUGGAAACCGAGCAAUCUCGCGUGACAACGUUCCACACCUGGCCGCCCCACGCAACAGUACAACCAGAGAUUCUAGCGAGGGCAGGGUUCUUUUACACUGGUCAGAGUGACAAUGUGAAAUGCUUCUAUUGCGAUGGGGGGCUCCGGAACUGGGAACCAGGAGACGAUCCUUGGCAAGAGCAUGCAAAAUGGUUUCCACGCUGUGAAUUUCUUCUGCAAGCAAGAGGAAGAGAUUAUGUCAGCAAUAUCCAGGAGUCUUACUUUAAUACCAGAGGAUCGGGGAGUGGCUCUCUCUUAUCUGGGGCUGGAGAUAUCACUUCAGGACAAGAUGUGGUUGGUAAUCAGGACUUGUCCCCCCUGCUGCAGUCUCCAGUGAUUCAGACUGUGUUACAGAUGGGGUUUGAUCACAGUCUGGUGGAGAGUUUAGUUCAGACCAAGUACCUGCUCACUGGCACUCGGUAUACCUCAGUGUCUGACCUAGUGUCUGAUAUACUGCAAGCUGAAGAAGAGGACAGGCACAGAUCUGACCAGGCAAGAGAGACAACCGAGAGCCAGAGACAAAGUACAAGUGCAGGAGAAGCGAGGGAAACCCAGCAUCCUGAAGAGAAAGUGGGGGACCGGAGCCCGGAGGAGCAGUUACGGCAGCUGCAGGAGGAGCGUACCUGUAAGGUGUGCAUGGACAAGGUGGUGUCCAUUGUGUUCGUACCCUGCGGGCACCUGGUGGUGUGCACCGACUGCGCUGCCAGCCUGAGUAACUGCCCCAUCUGCCGUGCCAUCAUCAGGGGUAGCGUGCGGGCGUUUAUGUCCUAACCCGAGGGCACUG